UUUAUCUACGUCCGGCGAUUUCUUACCUGACUGAGAGUUUAUCCUCCUCCUCGUCCUCCUCCUCCACCUCCCAGGAACACCAACAAACCCUAGACAAUUCUCACUUCGAUCUCGAUCCACGCCAUGGCAUCAUCCUUGAUGUGCCCGUCGUCCCCCAACUCUCUCCGCCUCAGACUCGGCUUCCGCUGCCGCGACUCCUACUCCUCCUUCCUCCGAGUUCGUUUCCGCCCUUCUAAUCGUCGCCUCGUGGUAUCUUUCGUUUCCGGAGAGUCGGAAGGGGGUGGAGGCGCAGGGUGGGCUUGGAAUGUAUCUGAUGCCUCGCUAGAUGCUUUCGCCGGUUGGUCCGACGCGGGGAGCGGCGCAGAAGAGUCCAAGAAAAAGAAGGGGAUUCGAGAUGUGAUGGGAUUAACACUAGUUGGAUCUCUCUUUGCUGCUGGAGUUGCAUUCACAACAUUAGUUUAUAUCAAUAAAAAUCUGUCUGGGACCAAGAAUCGAGUGGAUCCAUCAAAGGAGUUCACGACUUCGUAUGAUACAAGGACAGAAGGUGAUCAAGUUAGCAACGAUUUUGAUGUGAUUUUGACUGAAAAAGAUGGCAUGACCAGUAACUUCCAUGAAGACAAUGAGACAGGUACAAGCAAAGAUUUGCCUCUUAAAUAUGUUUCUGGAGAUAUUAGUGAGAGCAGCUAUGAUUACGUGCAGAAAUUGGAAAGUACAUUGUUAGAAAAUGUUAGAUCUGUUGGGGGAUCUCUAAGUCUAAAUGAUGUAGAAAUGGUGAAAGAUGCCGAUCAGAAUAACUUUCUGCAGUCACCCAUAACGGACUGCACUAAUUGUCCAGUUGUGCCAGACAUUAGUGAACAAGUUUUACUAGAAAAGCUUGUCAAAUCAGAUCUUGAUAUUAUCGAAGAACAGAUGCUCGAGUAUGAUUCAGUUAGUGUUUCAAAAGGACAUAACUUAGGUGCCAGUGGCUUUUCUGCUGCAUAUUCUGUACCAUUAUCUACAUAUGUGUGUCAAAAAAAACAACCUAAUUCAGAGUGUGACAAUGAAAUUGAUAGAUCUUCAUUUAUUAAGCCACUUUUACCUGAGAAAUCUUUCUCCCUUUCUGGUAUACCUGCUCCUCUCGAUCCUGCAGUUCAACAGGUACUCCCUGGAAAGGUUUUGGUUCCUGCAAUUAUUGAUCAGGUUCAGGGGCAAGCGCUUGCAGCAUUGCAGGUUUUGAAGAUCAUUGAGGUUGAUGCUCAACAAGGUGAUAUUUGUUCUCGACGUGAGUAUGCUCGUUGGCUGGUAUCUGCAAGCAAUGUCUUUGCAAGGAGUGCUUUUUCAAAAGUGUAUCCAGCAAUGUACAUAGAAAAUGUGACUGAGCUUGCAUUUGAUGACGUGACACCAGAAGAUCCUGAUUUUCCUUCUAUUCAAGGCUUGGCUGAAGCUGGACUGAUUUCUAGCAAGCUGUCAAAACAAGGCUCUGUCAAUAAAUGUGAUGACUGUAAUCUUUUCUCUCCUGAAUGCCCUGUUUCACGUCAGGAUCUUGUUAGCUGGAAGCUGGCAUUAGAAAAGCGGCAACUUCUGAAAGUUGACAAAAAUAAAUUGUACCAGUCCACUGGUUAUAUAGACAUUGACAAGAUAAAUCCAGAUGCUUGGCCUGCUUUGUUAGCCGACUUUUCAGCAGGAGAACAAGGAAUCACUGCUCUUGCUUUCGGUUAUACUAGAUUAUUUCAACCUGAGAAACCUGUGACAAAAGCACAAGCUGCCAUUGCGAUUGCAACUGGUGAUGCUGCUGAGGUUGUUGGCGAGGAGCUUGCUCGUAUUGAAGCAGAAUCAUUGGCAGAAAUUGCUGUGAAUGCUCAUACUGAUUUGGUGUCACAAGUGGAAAAAGAUAUUAAUGCCAGCUUUGAGAAAGAACUUGCCAGGGAAAGGCAGAAGACAAAGGCCUUGGAGAAGUUGGCGGAAGAGGCAAGGCUGGAAUUGGAUAGACUAAGGAAGCAGAAAGAGGAGGAAAAAUACGCUUUGCAAAGGAGUCAUGCUGCUGUUGAGUCUGAAAUGGAAUUCAUUGCAAGGCUAAAACAUGAGGUGGAAGAACAAUUAGAGAGCCUAAUAAGUAAGAAGCUGGAGAUGGCUUCUGAGAGGGAUAGAAUGAACCAACUUCACAAGGAAUUAGAAAGCGAGAACCAGGUCAUUGCUAGGUUACAGUAUGAGCUGGAAGUUGAGAGAAAGGCUUUGUCCAUGACCAGGGGGAAUACUGGAUCAGAUCACAAUCUAAAUGCUAUUAGUUCUCCAGGGUAUGGGCAGAGGAAGAGGCAAAACGAGCAAGAGAGCACAUGAGAGCUUUGGAGGAAGCAAGGCAGCGGUGGGAAAGGCAUGGCAUCAAAGUCAUAGUAGAUGGAGACCUCCAAGAUGAUGCAUCCAUUAUUACUACAUGGCUUACUGCUGCAGAACAACCACCCGUCAAUGAGGCCAUUGGUCGAGGAGAGAAUUUGAGGAUGAAGUUGAAAGAAAUGGCUGCUGAGAUGAAACUUCGAUCUUCACUUGUUAUUGACAAAAUCAGCCAGAAGAUUCUUGCUUUAAUUUCAGCUUUGAAGCUGCAAGUCGCAAAGGCCUCUGAACAAGUUAUCAAGAUCCAGAAUGCUGGAGUUUCUAAAGCUGCAGUUAUGAUGAAUGAUUUGAAGGAGAAUGCAUCAGGGAUCAACACAGUUAUCGGCCAUAGAGCAAGGAGAGUUGUUGAGGACUGCAAAGGCAGUGUUGGAAAAAUCACACAGAAAUUCAAGGCAUGAGAGAAUCAAUGAGAAUAACUUCACUCUUGGUCUUGAUUUAUAUGCACCAGAUGAGACCUUAAAUCAAACUUUAUCACUUUGGAGAUAAGAGAAUAGAAGAUCCAAUAAAGUUCGAGUUCCAAAAUAACUCCUGCGGGAGUUUUUUCUUUAACUUGCACAUAUGUUACAAAUUUUUUAACAAUAUACGUCUCUAGCAACUACAAUUUUGUUAGCUUCAACCAUGCUACAGGAUGUAGGUUCGUUUACAUUUUGAUCGAUCAUGUCCUUAGGUCAUGUACCACAUCAUAGCUGGUGGAGAUUCCCGAAUUGAAUGCUUUUAUCAAUGUGGUCGAAUUGGUAAAAAUCCUUUUAUAUCUUCAUUUAUUUUACUUGCUGAAUUAAAUCUUCUGGCAUGAUUCUGUUUA